CAUCUCGCGCUCUCCUCCGCCGUCGAGGAGGGCUCUCGCGCGAGCGUCGCCGUACCGAACCCGCGGCGGAUACUCACACACGUGAUACCGUCCCGUGCGGGAGUGCGCGCCUCGUUUUAGCUGCGGCGACAUUGGACUUCCCUUUCGUCUGCCAAGCGAAGCGGUCUCGGGGCGGGACGCGCGUACCGCUGGAAAACUACCGCGAGAGAUGCGGUUCUCCACAGGAGAGAAUCUGAGGUAAUUUGUCCGGAGGCGAUUGACGCGUCGUCGAGGACAUGGCGGUCGACAUUUUAGACAAAGAUCACCUCGCCGUGAGCGCGAUCGUGACCGUCGGUAUGCAACUCAUCUUCUUCACGAUCGCAGCCACUUUCCAGCUGGACAAGCUGACGGACUUCGCCGGUGGCACCAACUUCAUCAUCCUCGCCCUCCUCACCUUCUUUCUCGGUCAAGUGGGCAAGACGUACGACAGCCGGCAGGUCAUGGUGACCAUAUUCGUGUGCCUGUGGGGCGUCCGACUCUCCGGAUAUCUCCUGUACAGAAUCAUCAAGAUAGGCCGCGACAAGAGAUUCGACGACCGUCGCAGUAAUGUGAUCCGCUUCGCCGUGUUCUGGACAUUCCAGGCUGUGUGGGUGUACGUUGUCAGCCUGCCUGUGAUAAUAAUCAAUUCUCCACGCCACAAAAUACCGCCAGCACCGAAAACGAUGACGACGCUCGACAGCGCUGGCACAGGACUCUUCCUCAUCGGCUUGCUGGCCGAGACUUACGCCGAUCUGCAAAAGUUCGCCUUCAAGCAGGACCCAGUGAACAAUGGAAAAUGGUGUAAUGACGGACUUUGGAGGCUCUCUCGGCAUCCAAAUUAUUUCGGCGAAAUUGUCGUCUGGUGGGGAAUAUUCAUAAUAUCCUUAAAUGUCAUCGAAGGAGCGGAAUGGGUUGCUAUCGCAUCCCCGAUUUUCACGACGCUUAUUAUCUUAUUCCUAUCAGGGAUGCCGUUAUUGGAAAAGGCGUCGGAUGAGAGAUACCGGGAUAACGCGGAGUAUCGUUACUACAAGCAAUCCACGUCGCCGUUGAUACCGAUACCGCCGUCUAUCUACGUCGAGGUGCCGCGUUUCCUCAAGUUCAUCCUGUGCUGCGAAUUUCCCCUGUACGACUCCUUAGACGUGAAACCGAGAGCAGCCGUCACCGAAUCAACGUCCAUUAGCCUCGCUGCGUCCACGUAGCUGUAGCCACACGCCGGACGACCGAAUUCAGAGUCCGGCGUGCAGUCAACGGCAACAGCUACGACCAGUACAGCCUUCUGAGUGCUAUUUUAUCUCUCUCUGCGGUACCGAGAACCUCGUCUAUCUGCUGACAGAACUAUAAACUCGACAACCGAAUCGUAAGAUCGAUGUUCUUUCAAACACGAUGUCGGCGCCUCAGAGAAGUCAUACGAAACACUGUGUCUGGCCAAAUAUAUAAAAUUCGGUAUGUGGGAACCAAAGAGAUUCCUCUUCAGGAUGGAAAAGCUUAUAAGACGAAGUAUUAUUAUUUUUGUAACUAAAAAAGCCCCUGCCGGCGUUAGGUGAAAACGGUACCGGCGACUUUUCGUACAGAAUCGAAUGAUGAGACGAACAAAGAAAAUUAUUUUUGUAGCGAUGUUAUGGGUACCAAAAGUAGCUUAUCGACCAAUUCGAGCAUCGUUCCUAUACGGCAAGUCGACGGUAACGAUUUGAUUAGCGGCUUUAUUUAUGUACUUGAACUCUUAUUUUCGAUACAAGAAGAGAGAUUCGAGAUGAUAUAUAAUUUGUAUGUCUUAAAUAAUAUUUAGACUUGAAAGAAAAAUCUCUUAAGAAUUCAAUUAGUCAACUGCUACUUUAAAUAGCAUAAAUGAAUAAUAUCAUAUUGUUGCAAGAGAAUAGUUCUUGCAAAAAUAAAAAUUAGACAGCCGUGUUCUCGCUGUCAAGUAACAAAAAAAAAUAUGUGUCUUAAAUAUCGCAGAAACGAAAUUUAAAACGAGAUUUUAAUGUAAUAUGGAUAGGAUGAUGUAGUUCGUUUUUUGAAACUAAUAGUAAUUUAUGAAAUUGAUGAUCCGUAGUGAUUGGCGGUUGAUAUCGUGGCGAUUCUUUAAGCUAAAAUUGUGGGCCAAAAUAAUUGGCAGAAACGCACACGGAGAUCGAAGAGAAACGGAAGCAUGUGUGCAAUAUCUCGUAACUCGGCAGCGAAUAAGCAAUACUUAUCGCCAGAGACGUCAGGUCAAAUGUAAUAAAACAGUCACGUUUACAUUUCACUUCGCCUAUCACGAUCGCUAUCCAUUCCAUUAGUAUAUCGUAUAGGAUGCUUACGAAGAAAUUUUAGAUGCAAUACGAACGCGUGGUAAUGUCCACGUGUCCCGAUUCCAGUCUCGAGGCUUUCGAUCGAGUUAUUCAGUUAUAGCAAUAUUGAACAUAUCCCUGUGCCGAAUGGAAAAUCCACAGAACACAUAAUAAAAACGAAUUCCAAAGGAAAUCUAUAAUAGAUACGUAAUAAUGAAAAUUAUACGCGCAUGAUUCGAAUUUCUCGUGGAUAAACAAUAAAUACAAAUGUUACUUCUCGAUACUUUACUGUUACGUAUGUCUUCAAAAUUUAGAUAAUAAAUAAUUAUUGAUCCUGA